AUGGCUGAGAUACGGUUCCGAGUCCGAGGCCCAGGCUGGGUCGAGACGGUCACAGCAACGCCAGACUGGACGAUUCAGAAGGUGAUAGACCACCUGCGAGAGAAGCAAGGCGCAGAGCCAUCCGCCCUCAAGUACGGCUACCCCCUCAAGAACAUCGACCUCAGCAACACCAGCGCGGCCAUCGGACCCCUGAACCUGAAAGGUGAGGCCAUCACCUUCGUACCCAAGGAGGAUGGAGCCAGCUCGUCAUCGUCCGCGCCGCCAGAGGUCCCCACGGCGACGAAGCCAGCCUUCAAGCCCAAGGCGGUAGAGCCCGACCACACGGUCAUCGAGUGGCCCGACAAGGACGGGUACCUGGCGCUGCGGGUGAUGCCCGACGACAACUCGUGCAUGUUCACCGCGUUCGGCGGGGUGAUCCAGCGCGCAGACCCGGCGCCCACGCUGAGGCGGGAGGUCGGGGAGUAUAUCCUCGCGCGCCCGGAGAAGUACACCAAGGUCAUCCUGGAGAUGGAGCCACAGCGGUACGCGCAGACGAUGCUCUCGCCAGACAGGUGGGGCGGGGCCAUCGAGCUGGGCAUCUUGUCGGAUAUCUACGACAUUGAGAUCUGCUCCGUGGAUGUCAAGACGCAACGGGUGGACCGCUACGGCGAGGGCAAAGCAACCCGCUGCCUCCUCCUCUACUCGGGCAUCCACUACGACCGCAUCGCCUUCACCAUGGACCUGAGCCUGCCCGCGGACUUUGACGAGACCAAGUGGGACACGGGCAACGACGCCGUGGUGGAGAUGGCGCAGCGACUCGCCAAGCAGCUCAAGGACGCGCACUACUACACCGACACGACCGACUUUGUGCUGAGGUGUGACGUCCCUGGGUGCGGCUGGAUCGGCGCCGGGGCCGCUCAGGCUAGCAAGCACAUGAAGGAGACCGGACAUUCCGCCCUCAGCGAGAUGCAGAUCACCUAG